GGAAGUAUUGACUAGAAAUGAAUUCAGAGCACAGAAGAUCAUUGUUCAGGCAUCUUCAUUUCCAUGUCCUAUGCAAGUCUUCUCAGAUUAAAUGAAAACUGGACUAUCUAUCUUCCAACUUCAACAAUUAUUAACAUAUGACCAAUACCCUAACUUCUAUAACCCCAAACUUCCCACCCCCAUUUAUUGAAAGCAAAUCCAAAGCAUUUUUGUGAUUCAUUAAUCACUUUUUCACCACUCAAUUCUUUCUCUCUCUCUCUCACUUUCCUUACCCAAUCCCAUCACCUUCCCCACCCUCCUUUUUAUUUUCAAUUUCAGCACUGCAGCUUUGGUGGCCAGCUCUGUCAGGACUCAGAUCCUUAAAGGGCAGCUCUAGACAAUGACCAGCUCAGAGGGAUAAGCCAGACCAACAGUAUCUCGUCCUCUUUUUCUCUGGACAGAUGACUUCAUAACGGAGGCUGCUGAGACCAGGGUGUCCAUGAGAGUAAUUCUCCUGCUCCUCUGGCUUAGGGUGUCUCUAUCCCCUCCUGGCCUGUCCCAGGCUAGGCCCCCCAGCUCCCAAGAAGUGGUGGUCCCCUUGAAGCUGACCAGCAAGGGCAGAGGUGCAAAGGCUCCAGGCUGGCUCUCCUAUAGCAUUGAGUUUGGGGGCUGGAGACACAUUGUCCACAUGAGGGUCAAGAAGCUCUUAGUUUCCAGACACCUACUGGUGUUCACCUACUCAGACCAGAGUGCCCUGCAGGAGGAUCAGCCCUUUGUUCCUGAUGACUGCUACUAUCAUGGUUAUGUGCAGGGGGUCCCUGAGUCCCUGGUUGCCCUCAGUACCUGUUCUGGAGGCUUUCGAGGAAUGCUACAGAUAAAUGACCUUGCUUAUGAAAUCGAGCCCAUCAGGCACUCUACCACAUUUGAACACCUGGUUUAUAAGAUCAACAUUAAUGAGACUCAGUCUCCACCUAUUAGAUGUGGCUUAACACAGAAGGAAAUACACCAACAAUUGGGAUUUGAAGAGGCAGAGACAACAACUCUGAAACGAAUUUCUACUGAUAACUGGUGGGCCCAUUCAUGGUUUUUGGAGCUGGUCGUGGUGGUAGAUCAAAAUUUCUUCAUUUACUCCCAAAGUAACUUCUCAAAGGUGCAGGAAGAUGUGUUUCUUGUUAUCAACAUAGUGGACUCCAUUUACCAGCAGUUGGGUACUUAUGUGAUUUUGAUUGGGAUUGAGAUUUGGAAUCAUGAAAAUAUUUUCCCAAUGAUAAGCAUAGAACAGGUUCUGGAGGAUUUUUCUCAGUGGAAGCAAAUCAGUCUUUCACAGCUACAGUAUGAUGCUGCACAUAUUUUCAUUAAAAAUUCACUUAUAAGUGCACUUGGUAUAGCCUAUGUUGCAGGAAUAUGUCGUCCUCCAAUUGACUGUGGAGUUAAUAAUUUCCAAGGAGACCCCUGGUCUCUUUUUGCACUCACUGUGGCCCAUGAGUUAGGCCAUACUUUGGGUAUGCUGCAUGAUGAAGAAUACUGUUUAUGUGGGCAAAGUGGUUGCAUUAUGAAUGCUAUCAGAGUGCCAGCAGAGAGAUUCACCAACUGUAGUUAUGGAGAUUUUACAAAGACCACUUUAAACCAGGGAUCAUGUCUGCACAAUCCUCCAAGUCCAGGGAAAGUCCUUAUGCUGAAGCGCUGUGGGAACAAUGUAGUUGAAGGGGAAGAGGAGUGUGACUGUGGAUCUAUAAAGCAGUGUGAACAAGAUCCCUGUUGUCUCUUGAACUGCACUCUGAGGACCGGUGCGGCUUGUGCUUUUGGGCUUUGUUGCAAAGACUGCAAAUUCAUGCCAUCAGGGGAAGUCUGCAGACAUCAGAUCAACGAAUGUGACCUUCCAGAGUGGUGCAAUGGGACAUCCCAUCAGUGCCCAGAAGAUGGGUAUGUGCAGGAUGGGGUUCCCUGUAGUGACAACGCCUACUGCUAUCAAAAGAGAUGUAAUAACCAUGACAAACAGUGCAGGGAGAUCUUUGGUGAAGUUGCAAAGAGUGCAUCUCAGAAUUGCUAUGAAGAAGUCAACUCCCAGGGAAACCGUUUUGGCCACUGCGGUCUAAAUGGAACGGCAUACUUAAAAUGCAACACCUCAGAUAUCUUUUGUGGGAGGGUUCAGUGUGAGAAUGUGGGAGACAUUCCCAAUUUAAGAGAUCACUCUGCUUUGCAGCACACUCAUGUAAAUGGUGUCACCUGCUGGGGUAUAAGUUAUCAUUUAGGGAUGAGCACACCUGAUGUUGGUGAAGUGAAAGAUGGCACUGUGUGUGGUUCAAAAAAGAUCUGCAUACACAAGAAGUGUGUCAGUCUCUCUCUCCUGUCACAAGUCUGCCUGCCUGAGACUUGCAACAUGAAGGGGAUCUGCAAUAACAAACAUCACUGCCACUGUGGCUAUGGGUGGUCCCCACCCUACUGCCUAUAUAGAGGCUAUGGAGGUAGUGUUGACAGUGGCCCAGCAGCUGCCAGAAAAGGAAUUUUCUUUCCACUCGUUAUGAUUCUUAGUUUGUCCGUUUUGCUUCUACUGUUGGCUACUCUAUUUACAUACCUUCAAAACCACUGUAGUCCUAAGGAGAUCAAGGCUCACACUUCAGAUUAAGAAAGCUCCUCUAAUUUAAUAUCCUAUGCAUCACAACAUUUUAGUUUAUUGGAGGUAGAAAAGUUACAUGCCUGAAACUGAGCACAUUUCUGAUAGUUUACAGAAAAAUGAAGACCUUCCUUUUCGUCAGUAUUAGAAGCAUUGCCAUCAAGAAAGGGUAAUUUCUAACAUUUUCCUAGCUACUGUUUAUUGUGUAAGCAGCCAAUAAAGCUCCAGUUUCACUCUGAGUUGGUCCUCUUUGUGUCUCCUGAGUGCAUAUAUGAUUCACAGGAAAGCCAAGAGACAGACAUGUAAAGACCUACGGGUGAGUCUUGCCUCCCCAUUUAUUCCCAAAGUAAUUUCUCAAAGGUGCAAAGGAUACAUUUCUUGUUGUCCUCUAGUGGAUACCAUUUAUCAGAAGCUGGGGGCUUAUGUGAUUUUGACUGGGACUAGAAUUUGAAAUCAUGGAGAUAUUUUCCCAAUGAUAAGCCUAGAACAAGUCAAGACUGCAAGUUCAUACCAUCAAUGAACUCAGGUCAAUGAAUGUCCAGAGUGGUGCAAUGGGAUGUCCCAUCAGUGCCCACAAGAUGGGUAUGUGCAGGAUGGGGUUCCCUGUAGUGACAACACCUACUGCUAUCAAAAGAGAUGUAAUAAAGUUGGGGAAAUUACUUAAACUUUCUAACAUUCUCCUCUAAAGUCUGAAAAGAAGGAUGAUAAUAUUGCUUGUCCCACCCAAACUCUUGGAUUUAUUUGGUAACCAAAAGUGAGAAUUUCUUGUUAAGGCAUAAACAAAUUGUUUGUUUAUUAAAAAUUCCUGCCUGUUCCCUCUGUGUUUUCUAGUCAAGUUUAUCUACUCUAAUUCUUUGUUUUAAUUUGGUGGUUUGGGUAUCCUCUUGGAGUAUUUUCUUUGAAUACCAGGAUAUACUCUCUAUCAGGACAGGGUUGUUUUUAUCUGUUUUGCACACUGUUUUAUCCCAACACAUAGAACAUGGUAUAAUAAACAAAAAGAAAAUCUGAAAGAAAUAAUUAAUAUAAACAGAUUAUUAAUUGUAUGCAGUUAAUUAGGAAA